GCGUCAUCACUGUGAACUUCUCGAAUCUUCUUUGAUUCAAACAUUUCAUUUAAAAGGUUAAAAAGUGAAACGGAGGUUUUUCAACCAAAGGAAAAGGUUCAAGGUUAACGACUUACAUUCGUUCACAUACGUUUUUGGCAGAUUUUUGCAAUUUGCGUAGAAAGAAAUUUUCUAAGAGUAUUCUAGAAAUAUUCUAAGAAUGUCGGCCUAAUUUAUUUUAUAAAUGAAUUAGAAUUUCGUCUGCGUUGAGAAAAUGUUAGGCAUUUAUAAAGAGAUAAUAAAGCUCGGAGGUUAUGUUGGUAUAACUUCGACAAAAGCGCCAGUGAACAUGAGUCCCCCAGAAUUGUACAAACUGGCUGCUCACGCUGGGCCUUAUGUUAGAAUCGCAGGACUUAGUGGAGCUGUGGCUGUUGUUUUAGCUGCAUAUGGCUCUCACAAGAAGUAUCCAGACGACGAUAGAGGUUUGGAACAAAGAAGAGUUUUUGAUACUGCUUCUAGAUAUCAUUUCAUCCAUACUUUAUCAUUACUAAGUUUGCCACUCGUCAGAUCUCCCCUUUUAGCUGGAACUCUCUUCUUUUCCGGAAUGAUUCUCUUCUGUGGCCCCUGUUAUUAUACUGCUUUCACCGGCGACAAAACUUACAGCAGGUUCACACCAAUUGGAGGAUCCUGUUUUAUUCUCGGCUGGCUUGCAAUGUGCAUUUAAAUUACGCCACAAACUAACUUGUAUCACCAAAAAGCAUCAAUUUGCUUUGAAGAUUACUUUUGCAAUAAUUUCCAAUCAAUCACAGUUAAUUUUAUACACUUGAGAGGAGAACAAAUCUUGAUAUGAAUUAAAUAUUGGCUUUAAACUAGAUUUAAGAUAAACUUGAUAACUAGUUUUUGUACUGGAAUUAAAAGAAAUGUGUGAUGUUUCAAUAUAAUAUCUUUAAGUAAAA